AUGAAUAAAUUAUAUACAAUGAAACGAUAUUUCAAUGUAUAUUUUUUAAUUCCUUUAUUUUUGUUAUAUAAUGUAAUAAGAAUAAAUGAUUCAAUUAGAAGUAGAACACUUUAUGAUAGAGAAGAUGAAUCAUCAGAUAUUUUAAGAGUAAAAUCAGGCGAAUUAAAUAAUAAUCAUAAAAUUAAUAUAUAUAAUUCAGAUUAUCAAGAUGUAAAUAAUCAAGCAAUAAAUAGUUUUUUAGAAAAUAAAAUUGAGAAAAAAGAGAAGUCUUCAGGUUUUAUAAAUAAUAAAACAAAAUCAAAUGAUGAAAAGCCACCUUCAUACUCAUAUAGUAAUGACAAAUUUUAUUCACCUUCCGAAAUUGAAGAAAAUUCAGGAAAUGCAAAUAGUAAUAGUUUUGCAAAUAAUAAUAAUAAAUAUACUUUUAUACAGAAACCUACUAACUAUGUUUGUGGAAUAAAAAGAAAAUUAAUAAAAUGGGUAUGUCCAAAAAACAGUAAGGGAAUUACUGUAUGUGUUCCCGAUAGAAAAAUACAAUUAUGUAUAGCAAAUUUUUUAAACUCAGAUUUAGAAACAAUAGAUAUAUUUAAAGAAAUGUUUUUAAAAUCUGUUAUUUUAGAAGCAAAAUUAUUAUUUGACAAAAAUGAAGGAAAAUAUUCUUCAAUAUUUUGUAAUGAAUUAAGAAAUAGUUUUUCAGAUUAUAGAAGUAUACUUAUAGAUGAUGACAUGGAUUUUGGGGGUAAUACAGAUAAAGUGAAAGUACAUAUUAAUAAUAAAUUCUCCUAUUAUUAUAGCCAAUCAAAUAUGGAAAAUAUAAAUGAUAUAAAAAAAAAAUGGUGGGAAGACAAUAAAAAAGAAUUGUGGAAUAAGAUGAUAGAAAAAUACAAAGGAAAAAUAAGUAAUGAAUGUUCCAAAAUCCCUGAGGACGAACCUCAGAUUAAUCGAUGGAUAAAAGAAUGGAAUGAAAAUUUUUGGUUGGAAAAGGAUAGAUUGUUUCUAAAUAUACGAGGUAAGUGUUCUGAAAACAAAAAAUAUGAAGCAUGUUCUGUUGGAUGUAGACUUCCAUGUUCUUCAUAUACUUCAUUUAUGAACAAAAGUAAAUCAGAAAUGGAUGUUUUAAUGAACUUGUAUAAGAUUAAAAAUCCAAAAGACAAUGAACAUAAUUUUCUGAAUGAGGUAUUUAAAAAAAAUAAUGAAAAAAAUAUAGUCGAUGUUUUCAAAAAUGAAAAGGAAUAUGAUGAUUUAUGUGAUUGCAAAUAUACUGUUACUAUUAUUAAAAGUUUUUUGAAUGGUCCUGCUAGGGAUAAUGUAGAUAUUGCAUCAGAAAUUAAUGCUAAUGAUAUUCGAGAGUUUGGAUGUGGUUACAAAAGUAAUAAUAAAAGAAGUUGGAAUUGUACUGGAUCAUUUACGAAUAAUUUUCCUGGUACAUGUGAACCACCCCGAAGACAUACAUUAUGCCUUGGACGUAUAUAUAGUAUAAACGAUGGGAAUGAAGAUCGUUACAGGGAACAUUUAUUUGCAGCUUCAAUAUAUGAAGCACAAUUAUUAAAAUAUAGAUAUAAGGAGAAGGAUGAAAAUGCGUUGUGUAGUAUAAUACAAAAUAGUUAUGCAGAUAUAGCAGAUAUUAUCAAAGGAUCGGAUAUGGUAAAAGAUAAUAAUGGUAAAAAAAUGGAAGAGAAUUUAAAUAAAGUAAACAAAAAUAAAAACAGAAAUGAAGAAUCAUUGAAAAGUUUUCGUGAACAAUGGUGGGAAAAAAACAGAGAAGAUGCAUGGAAUGUAAUGUCAGCAGUACUUAAAAAUAAGGAGGCUUGUAAAGAUGCUGAUAAGUUUCAAAAGAUCCCCCAAUUUUUAAGAUGGUUCAAAGAAUGGGGGGAUGAUUUUUGUCAGGAAAGAAAGGAGAAAAUAUAUUCAUUUAAGUCAUUUAAGGAAGAGUGUAAGAAAAAAGAUUGUGAAGAGAAUACAUGUAAAAAUAAAUGUAAUGAAUAUAAAAAGUGGAUAGAUUUGAAAAAAAUCGAAUAUGAUAAACAAGUUGAAAAAUACACAAAAGAUAAAAAUAACAAGAUUUAUGAUAAUAUUGAUGCAGUAAAAGAUAAAGAAGCGAAAAUAUAUUUACAAGAAAAUUCCAAAGAAUGUAAAGAUGUAAAUUUUGAUGAAGAAAUCUUUAUUGAACAUACAAAGAAAUAUGAUGAGUUGUGUGAAAAAUGUAAUGAAAUAAAAUAUUUAAAUGAAAUUAGAUAUCCUAAGAAAAAACAUACUAUAUAUGACAUAGACACAUUGUCAGAUGCCUUUGGUGGUGGAACCCCAAUAACUAUUAAUGAAAAUAUAAAUGGACAACAAAAUAGAGUAGAUUCCUCAAUAUCUGAAAGUAAGAAAGUAAAAGAUUCAAAUGGUGCUCCUAAACCAGAAAGUGAAAUUUCAAGUAGAAUUGAAAAACCAAGUAGUGAUAUAAAUCAGAGUGAACAAUUAAACAACCAGAAUGUUUCGCAAAGAAGUAGUUAUGAUCAAUCAAGUGAAGGAAAAGAAUUAUUAGAGAAUGGAAAAUCAGAUGUUAAUAAAAAUGAUAGGGAGGUAUCAAACUCACUUACAUCUGAAAUAGAUGAUAAGAAUAAAAAUUCAUUAACUACCUUAGGUAAUGAAAAUAAAUCAUUAUUGUCUACUGAAGAUCAAGAAAAUAUAGUUGAUGCGAGUAAUUUGGGAAAUGAAUCAGUAGAUGUAAAUAGUGAUGAUAGUGCUACGAGUGUAAAAGUAAAGAGUGAAAGCAAAGAUUCUGGAAAUUCUGACAAAAUUAAGGGAAAUCCUGCUGAAUGGGAUAACAAUGAAGUUGAUUCUACUUCAAGUAUGCCCCAUAGUGUUCAAAGUACUUCUGGUAUAAAUGAUGGACAUUCUGAACAAUCCUUAAGUAACUCAAGGGAUACAUCAAAUAAUAUAUUAGACCCUUCAGAAAUUGAAAGAAGUGAUAAUCAAGUAAAUAAUUCACAUUCUAGUGGUGAUUCAGAUUCUUUGACAAUCGAAAAAAUUUCCUUAAAAGAUAAUAAGGAAAGUUCCCAAGAUUUACAAUCUUCACGUAGUAAUAGUCAUAAUACAUUGCUAUCUUCACAAUCAGAUGAUACAGUUAAAUCAAUUCAGGGUCUUGAUCCUAGUAGAUACAAUGAAGAUGAUAGGGAUGAUACAUUACAUAUCUCUGAAGAACAAUUAAGACAUAUUACAGGUGAAAACAUGAAUAGUGAAGAUGAAACAAUACCAAAUACUCUUAAUAUACCUGGUAUUAAUAUGAGAAAUGAGAGAAGUGUAAAUAGCCAUGAUUUUAAUAGAAGAGUUAUGAAGCAUAAUGAUGAAGAUCAUCAAUAUGUAACGCAAAUUGAGGAUAACGAAACCAUAAGAGGACAAGAGAAGAGUGAGGGUGAUAAUGAUAGUUAUGAAGAUGAUCAAACUAGGAGUAAUAAUUACUCAGAAAAUCAUCAUAAAAGAAAUAUAGAAGAAUAUAAUUCUAGAGAUACUAAAAAAGUAAGAGAGGAAAUAAUUAAAUUAUCGAAGCAAAAUAAAUGUAAUAAUGAAUAUUCCAUGGAGUAUUGUACCUAUUCUAAUGGAAAGAAUAGUUCAUCAGGUUCUUGUUCUAGAGAAGAAAGAAAGAAAUUAUGUUGCCAAAUUUCAGAUUAUUGUUUAACAUAUUUUAACUUUUAUUCAAUUGAAUAUUACAAUUGUAUGAAAUCUGAAAUGAAAGAUCCAGAAUAUAAAUGUUUUAACAGCAAGGGUCAAUCAAACAUGCCGUAUUUUGCUGCUGGUGGUAUUUUAGUUAUAAUAGUUUUACUUUUGGGUUCAGCAACUAGAAUGGGGAAAAGUAAUGAUGAAUAUAUUUUAGGAGAAUCUAAUAUGGAAGCAGCUUUUGAAGAAAAUAAUUACUUUAAUAAUCUAUCGCGAAUAUUUAAUCAAGAAGUACAAGAGACAAAUGCUUCUGAUUUUUCUCAGUACAAUUACAAUGAAAGGGAUAUGUAUUAA